GAAACUCUUCCUCAGCUUUUCUGCCUCUCACCUCUAAGAUGUUCUGCUGACGUCGCGUCUGAACUCACGUGCGUCACUUGAAGGUCCGACCUGCAGAAGAAGCUCUGGAAGUUUCUAAGGUAGAUGCCUGAAAUCAUGAGCGGCGCCUCAGGACCUCAGUCUAGGCAAGCAAAUGGAGUUGCCAGAUCGGACAGCAAGCUCAGCGCCAAGGCCCUCUAUGAGCAGCGGAAAAAGUAUUCCAACUCCAACUUUAUCACUCAUGAGACGUCGCAGUAUCAUGUUGAGCAUCUCUCAACAUUCGUUAUGGACAAGUCAGAAGCGAUCAGCACGAUAGACGACGCCAUCAAGAAACUGAUUCUUCUGGACUCCAGGGGGAAGAUCUGGACCCAGGAGAUGCUUCUGCAGGUUACAGACCGAUCAGUCAGACUUCUGGACUGUGACACUCAGGAAGAACUGGAGAACUUUCCUCUGUCCACCAUCUGCCUCAGUAACACCGUUCCCAAUCAGACACGCUACCCAUCGGUGCUGCUGCUGGUCUGUCAGGAGAGGGACCAGCCCAGACCAGACGUCCAUUUCUUCCACUGUGAUCAGGUGGAGGCUGAGAUGGUUCAUGCAGACAUAGACAGUGCUAUUGGAGACCUGAAACAUGGGAAGAAGAUGAGGGCUGAAACCCUGAGAGUGAACCAGGAGAAAAUGAAGCGGCACAGAGAGACCAUCCUCCCCCCCUCCUCCCCCAGGGGGCCCCCACCUGUGGCCAACCGGCGAGUAGCAGCCGCUGCAGAUUCUCACGAUCCUCGACUCGCUGGACCGACUGACGCUCAUUUGGAUGAUAACCUGACGCAGCGCAUUGAAGUGGAUGUGCAAAUGCUCAACUGCGCGCUGGACGACAUCGAGGUGUUUGUGGGGCGGCUGCAGAAAGCAGCAGAGGCCUUUUCACAGCUCAACCAACGCAACAAGAGUAAGAAGAACAAGAAGAAAGGACCAGCAGAGGGCAUGCUGACCCUGCGGGCCAAGCCCCCCCCUGAAGCUGAGUUCUUGGACAGUCUGCAGAAACUGAAGCUAGCCUUCAACCUGUUGGCCAAACUGAAGAAACACAUACAGAACCCAACCGCUCCUGAACUGGUUCAUUUCCUGUUCGGACCUCUGGAGCUGGUGCUGCAGACGUGUGGAAGUCCUGAACUUAUUCGUUCAGUCAUCUCCCCCCACCUUUCCAAGGAUGCUGUCAGCUUCCUGCAGGGAAUCCUCACCCCCAAAGAGAUGUCCAUAUUUGAGCAGCUUGGUGACGGCUGGACUAAACCCAGGGCAGAGUGGCCCAGAGAACAAUGCGCUCCUCCUUAUUACCCCAAGUUUCGAAAUGGAUGGGAGCCGCCUGCGGAGCUCUUCCUGACGGCUCCAUGGGAAACCGAGGGACCAUCCCGACCAGUCGGGUCGCCUGCGAGCCCUGACUACAGGAGGCAGUCAGCUGACGAUUAUUAUGACACUCUUCCGCCAUCCAAUGGGAUGCCCGGCAACCGUAAAUAUGCCAGAGUCCUUUACAGUUUCGUUGCAAGGAAUCCCAAUGAGCUAUCAGUGCUGCAGGACGAAGUCUAUGAGGUGUUAGAAGAUAACAAGCAGUGGUGGAAACUACGAAAUCACACCGGCCAGUCCGGCUACGUUCCAUUUAACGUCCUGGAUGUCGUAAGUGAAGAGGAGCGAGGUGAUCCCUACAGCCAGAACGACUACAUGGCUUCACCAACAGGAUCGCUGAACCACAGCUUCAACAAGGGAAUACAGAAAGACAGAAAGAUGGACGAGGUGAACAGCGAGCUGUUGAUGAAGAUCACUGCUAACAAAAAGCAGGAGCCCAGAAAGGUGCAGAUAAAGCGCUCCACCGUCCCCCAGGUGCCAUUAAACUCUCACUCAGACGCAGAGCAGGUGACGGCGUGGCUCACCGCUAAAGAAUUCUCUAAACCGACCGUAGAUUGCUUGGGAAUCCUGACCGGAGCUCAGCUGUUCUCCCUGAACAAAGAGGAGCUGAAGGCCGUCUGUGGGGAAGAAGGGGGUCGUGUCUUCAAUCAGGUGUCUUUACAGAAAGGACUAGUAGAGAGAUCUCAGGGUGACUCUGAGCUGCUGGAAAUCAUGAGGCGGAGGCAGGAGAAGACCGACUCCACGAGCAGCAUGGACUGAACAUGAGGAGCAGCGCCUCCUUCUGCUCCUCGUCUACAUUCUUUCCUCCUUUGCAGCUUUCAAAGUGCAGCAGCUUAAUAAUCAAUGAACUUUUUCUGAUGAUCCUCAGUUAAAACCAAAAAGAUUAAACGUUUGAUUUCAUAUUUAUUUUGUAAAAUGUAAAAUGUUUGUUAUUGAAAUGUUUCCAAAUGAUGUUGCAUCCUUUUCGAUUGAAGAGCUGUCCUGCUGACGAGAGGAGCUUGAUGUACAGUUUGGAGCCUGCAUGACACGUUGGAACGCGUCUCUAAGCAGGACGUCUUUCUUCCAAUGCGCUCGUUUACAGAAUGUGUUUGUAGAAACAUCUGAUCUGUUUUUGCUUUUUGAAAUCAGUGCCAGGAUAUCUGACAUACUUCCUGUUUGAAGCCAAUUAUCUUCAUGUUGAUGCUAACAGAAAAAAAAUGGAAAAUAAAUGAACUUUUUUGUUCUGUGAGGCAGAAGUUUGACCUGAAUUGUUGAAAAGAACAAAUUCAUAUUAGAAAAAGGCAUUUCUUGAUGUUGUUGAUAUUUUGCAUGCAGGAGGCCUUUUCCUUUAAUAGCAGCAGGCCACGCAUAACAUAAACUCACCUUUUAUUGCUCUAGCAUAUUCUAACAGAAACUUUCCCUUCAUUGUCUGUGCAACAACAAAGUCAUGUAUUUAUGCACAUUAUGUUGGAAAAUGUUUUUAUUUUUCAUUUUGAGGAGUUAUCUGAAGUUCUAAAGGUCUUUAUUUCAAUAAUUGUUGCAUGUCCAGUUUGUUGAGUGUGAAGCGGCCGGGAUGAAGAUCAGAGACCAUGGUCUGGAGAUGUAGAAGGGUAGAGUGCUUUCUCCAGGUUGGGGAGGAUGUACUGCCCCUAGUGGAGGAGUUUAAGGAUCUUAGGGUCUUGUUCACAUAUGAAGG